AUGCAUAGCAGUUCUGACGACUUGCAGUGCCAUCUCUUUAGUUUCCGUACCACGGCCACAGUACAACCUACCUUUGCGCAAGUAAAAGACUCAAACUUCAGUAGGGUGAAACUCAUAAACGAAUACGCCAAUCUUCCAAGUAACAAUUCAAAGAUUGCGAAGGAUGUAGACGAGAUAAUUGAAUUUGAAACGAAGAUUGCGAAAAUUAUGGUGGCUGAAGAGGAUCGCAAAAACCCUUCUAGGAUGUACAAUCUUCGUCGUCUUACCGAUAUGGAGAAACUGACACCCAUGGUGGGUAGACUUUUAUUUCUGUCAUGCUAUCCCUAA